AUGGUGUCUUCCUCUGAUUGGUUCUUUGUCUUGUUAGUCGCAUUUUUGCUACAAUGUCUCGUAGUCUCAGCUUCGGCCUUGACCUCCACAAAAUACAUCGAUCAAUUAUGUCAGAUGGAGAGUAUCAAGGACAGAGCCUUUUGUUUGCAAACGUUGAGGACUUAUCCUCCUGCGGUUUCUGCCACUGCCUUGUUUCCACUUGCGGAAGUCGUGCUCUUGGGCGUUGGCGUACCCUAUGCCAACUUGUUGAUGCAAUCUGCAGAUAGAGCAGCAGAAAAGGUACCAGCUCUAAAGGAACAGUUCAAGCAAUGCCAAGAUUCAUACGUUUCUAUUGUAAUGAAUCUCAAAGCUGCUGCUUCAGAACUCAAGUUAUCUCCAAUUAGUGCCAACUAUGAUACUAUGGUUUGUUUCGACCAAACAACCAGAGUAUAUAAUUUGAUUGGGAAAAACAAAGACUCGACUUCUAAGAGUCUCAUGGAGAUGACAAUGCAUAUGGAGAAACUCAUACAUCUUGCUGUUGGAGCCACCGAAGUUGUUGGAGGAAGAAAACACAAAAGAUGA